AUGCCGCCGAGUCCUCCAAGAGAUACUCUCGCCCAUCCGGCGCACAACUUAGCACAUUCGCAAGCCAAAACCACCGAAUUGCUCCCACCACCGUCGCCGCGUACCCAUCGCCUUCGCAAACUGCAAUCCGCACACAACCUUGGCUCCAAGGCCGCCCUCCAGCUUCAACCCCUUCAUCAACCCUCUUUGAUAUCGCAGCAACGCUUGACGCAAAUCACGCAACGGAAUAUCUCUCCUACACGACGCGACCCGAGCUCUUCUUCCAACGUGGCGCGACACACUCGAGGACGAUCGAAUAGCGAUGCGCCGGCGCCCGUCAUCCAUCACAUAAAUGCCCUAGCUACAGGCAAGCGCAGCAUGAUGGGCAUCAGCCCGAAAUACGCGACCAUGUCUCUACAACAACUCAUUAAAGAGGGUCCCCCCGAGGGAGAGACAAUUGAGGCUUUAGGCAUGGCUCGCCGCAAAAUCUUAAGCGAGGGCAUCAAGAGUGAUAGCGAUGGCAUGUCAACCUUACGUAUAUACGUCUGGCUCAUCCUGCUGGAUACCCCCGUUCUCCCAACCGAUGACUACUUGGGCCUGAUUCACCGCGGAGCCUCCCCUGCCUACUCCAAGAUUCGCAACGAUACCUUUCGAACCCUUACGACCGAUCCUUUGUUCAGGAGACGUGUGAGCGAGGCCAGCCUGAUUCGCCUCCUCAACGCCGUGGCCUGGCGUCUACACGAUGCGCGAGAGGAGCAGCGCAGGGAGCGACCCAGCACUGGAAGAAGCUCCAUAUCGCAGGACAGUUCGACAUCGACGUCGACAGCCACAGCCUACUCGCAAGAUCCCGCCUUUUCGCCGGGUGCCAGAAACCGUGCCAGGGCACUCACCUUGACGACAGAAGGUUCCGAAUCCAGCCAUGCGGCGGAGCCAGGAACAUACGUGCAAGGAAUGAACGUGCUGGCCGCGCCUUUCCUGUACGCAGCAAGGAGCGAAUCCGAGGCCUUUAUCGCGUUUUACACACUGCUCACACGCGAAUGCCCUGGCUACAUCCGCGGCGCUAUGGACGGCGUACACAAGGGUCUGGCGCUGGUUGACAAGGUCCUUGCCACAGUCGACUCGAAGCUCAGCGGCUACCUGCACUCCAAAGGUCUCACGGCUGAGAUCUACGCUUUCCCCUCGGUUUUAACCCUGUGUGCCUGUACGCCUCCGCUUCCCGAGGUUCUCAGACUGUGGGACUUUCUCUUUGCCUACGGGCCUCAUCUGAAUAUUCUCUGUAUUGUAGCCCAGUUAAUGGGCAUGCGGGAUCAGCUCAUGAGCUCUCCAAGCCCUAAUAAGCUGCUACGUUCAUUCCCUUCGCUGCAGGCCGAUAAGGUCAUUGAGCGGACGCUGUGGAUCAUAGAAAGAAUCCCGGACGACACCUACGUGGCCAUAGUUGCGCACGCCCACUGA